UCGGGAUAACCAAGCUGAGUAAUCUCUCUCCAGGUUCGUUUAGAAGGAAGAAGUUAUUACGCAGGCGGGCGGCGGCAAGUGUUGCCUGAACGGCGAUUUGAUUCAGCAGUUGAUUCUCUUCUUGUGUUUAUUCGGUGACUGGUCAACUGGGUUUUGAAGGAAAUGGUUGGUAUUAUAUGAGAUUAGAAAUUCGAAUCCCUAAAGAUAAAAUGAAUCACCAAAGAUGGUAUAACAGCAGACAAGGAACGAAUCCGGGAGAUACACUGCCGGAAAAGGUGGAUGAGACAAGUCUUGAGGAUCUUGUAGAAGACUUUUAUCUGCCAAUUAAUCACAGGCCUACUGAAAAUGUUGAUCUAGAUAAUGUAGAACAAGCUUCAUUGGAUACACAAUUGUCAUCUUCUAACAUUGGAUUUAGGCUUCUUCAAAAGAUGGGUUGGAAAGGAAAAGGUCUUGGGAAGGAUGAACAAGGAAUAACUGAGCCAAUAAGGUCUGGUAUGCGAGAUGCAAAACUGGGAGUUGGCAAACAGGAAGAGGAUGAUUUUUAUACUGCUGAAGAAAAUAUCCAAAGGAAGAAACUUGACGUGGAGUUAGAGGAGACGGAGGAGAUUGCUAAGAAACGAGAGGUUAUAGCAGAGCGAGUGCAGAAAAUUGAGACUGAAGUUCAAGACAUCCGUAAAGUGUUCUUUUGUCAGCUCUGCAACAAGCAGUACAAAUUUGCUGUGGAGUUUGAAGCUCACCUGAGCUCGUACGAUCACAAUCAUAAGAAGCGAUUCAAAGAGAUGAGAGAAAUGCAUGGAGCUAGCAGCCGUGAUGACAGGCAGAAAAGAGAACAACAACGUCAGGAGAAGGAGAUGGCGAAAUUUACUCAGAUGGCUGACGCCCGUAAGCAGCAGCAAAACGACAACAAGACAGAUAAUAAUAGUCCUUCAAUUACUGCUGCUGGAAAUCUUGCUACUGCAGUUGCAGAUCAAGAUCAACGCAAGACAUUGAAGUUUGGAUUUUCCUCAAAAAUUGCUCCAACAAAGAUGUCAAACAGUAGCUCGAUAAAGAAGAAGGCAAAGAUUCCAAUAGCUUCAGUUUUCGGGAAUGAUAGUGACGAAGAUCAGUGAAGUAUGUUUGUUGGGUUGAACCAGAAUUUGUUUAAGUUUGUAAACUAUUACUGUUUUUAUGUCUCUCUUUUGCAUCAU